AGAGAGAGAGAGAGAGAUCCAUUGGCAACUUUGAGGUCUUGGCUGCGGUAGGUGUUGAAAGUAGCUCUCCAUCACUGUGAGAAGAGAGACAGAGAGAGGGGGACAGGCAGAGAGAAAGAGAGAGGGGAACAAGGAAAAAAGAGAAAGUGACAGAUAGAGAAGCACAGUAAAAGAGAAGUAGGGAAAGCAAGGGGUAGAAAACGAGAGGGGGAGAAAGAGACGGAGAGCUAGGCAGAGAGAGGGGGGGCAGAAAGAUGGAGCUGGAGUGAAAGAGUACAGAAACAGAGAAAGACAGUUAAAAGAGUGACAGAGAAAGAGGGAAAAGUAAGAGACAGAGAACAUAAGGGGGAGAAAAAGAGAAAGCUAGGGAAAGAGAGAGAGAGAGGCAGAAAGGUAGAGAAAGAGAUAACAAAAGGGGAAGGAAAAGACAGAAAGCCCAAGAGAUAGGGAUAAAGGGAAGGGAAAGGCAGAGAAGAGAGAGAGCUGGGCAGGGGGGGCAGACGAGCGAGCAGCAGUCGCGAGGAGAGUUUGUCCGUGUUUUCAGUCAGAAGCGCUGCUGCCGUUUCUAACGAGCAGACAUGCAUCGCGAUCCAUUUUUAAUCAGCUAGUACACAUUUACUCCCCUUUGAGCCGCACUGCGAGAGGAGGGAGCGGAUCCGCAUGGUCCAACACAGCCUAUUAUGUCCGCACUUCGGAAGAAAUUCGGGGACGACUACCAGAUAGUGACCACGUCGUCGUCCGGCGGCUCCGGCUUCCAGCAGCCCGCGCCGGAGAAGAAGAGGAAGCGGCAGCGCUUUGUGGACAAGAACGGCCGCUGCAACGUGCAGCACGGCAACCUGGGCGGAGAGACGAGCCGCUACCUGUCCGACCUCUUCACCACGCUGGUGGACCUGAAAUGGCGCUGGAACCUGUUCAUCUUCAUUCUCACCUACACGGUGGCCUGGCUCUUCAUGGCCUCCAUGUGGUGGGUGAUCGCCUACGUGAGGGGCGACUUGAACCGCGCGCACGACGACAAGUACACCCCCUGCGUGGCCAACGUGUACAACUUUCCCUCGGCCUUCCUCUUCUUCAUCGAGACCGAGGCCACCAUCGGUUACGGCUACCGCUACAUCACGGACAAGUGCCCCGAGGGCAUCAUCCUCUUCCUCUUCCAGUCCAUCUUGGGCUCCAUCGUGGACGCCUUCCUCAUCGGCUGCAUGUUCAUCAAGAUGUCGCAGCCCAAGAAGCGCGCGGAGACGCUCAUGUUCAGCGAGCACGCGGCCAUCUCCAUGCGGGACGGCAAGCUGACCCUCAUGUUCAGGGUGGGCAACUUGAGGAACAGUCACAUGGUGUCCGCGCAGAUCCGCUGCAAGCUGCUCAAAUCUCGGCAGACGCCCGAGGGUGAGUUCCUGCCUCUGGAUCAGCUGGAACUGGACGUUGGAUUCAGUACAGGGGCUGAUCAGCUCUUCCUUGUGUCUCCACUCACUAUCUGCCAUGUGAUUGACAGCAAGAGCCCCUUCUACGAGCUCUCCCAGCGCUCCAUGCAGACAGAGCAGUUUGAAAUAGUGGUGAUUCUGGAGGGAAUAGUAGAAACGACAGGCAUGACUUGCCAAGCACGGACGUCGUACACAGAAGACGAGGUGCUGUGGGGCCAUCGUUUCUUCCCGGUCAUCUCCCUGGAGGAGGGUUUUUUCAAGGUGGACUACUCUCAGUUCCACGCCACGUUUGAGGUUCCUACACCUCCCUACAGCGUGAAAGAGCAGGAGGAGGCCUUGCUCAUGUCCUCCCCACUCAUGGCCCCAUCGCUGUGCAACAGCGGUGAGAAGAACAGCUCUCUGGACUGCCUGGAGCUGCUGGAGGACACAGAGACCACCACCAAACUCCCAGCCAAGCUGCAGAAGAUGACGGGUCGGGAUGGUCUGCCAAGGAAGCUACUCAGAAUGAGCUCCACUGCUUCAGAGAUGACCUACAGCCUGGGAGACCUGCCCAUGAAGCUGCAGCGCAUCAGCUCAGUGCCUGGGGUCUCUGAGGAAAAACAGAUCUGCAAGGCCACCAAGAUCAUCACCGAGCCCAUUAGCCAAUCAGUGGCGGACUUACCGCCCAAACUGCAGCGGUUAGCAGGGGGCGGUGGAGGGGGGCGCAUGGACGGACACCUACCCCCCAAACUACGAAAGAUGAACUCAGACCGCUUCACGUAGAAGAAGCUGCGCCCCAGACAUAAGUACUGCUCUUCUCCUUUAGGUCACUUACACAAGAACAAAAAUCUAAUACUCUGAGAAAAUGUAGUGUAGACACAUUUGCCUACUAUACCUAUACAGUAGGACGACGUAACGCAGCACAUGUGCUCAUGUGUGUGGAUUCACAUGCAGUAAGCAUAUUCUUUCAGGUUGUUGUGAUUAUAAGCACAAUCUGGCAUGUAUGAAACUCUCUAAGUGCAUGGUAAUGCAAAUUUUCUCUGUCUGUCAGGCAUGACGAUUUGUGUAAAAUACGUUCGAACAGUGAAUGAAAUCUGCCAAGAAAAUGACCACAGACUGAACAUGAAGCCAUAAGGUUAUGCAGUGGAUGGCUCCUCAUACAUGCCUGAUAUUUUUUAAUCUCAUUCAGUUUUUGUUGUUUAGUGUAAAAAAUGUUUCCUAAGAUUCUGUUAAAAUGCAUGUUUUGCUAGAGAGAGGUAAUACAGACAAAUGUUAGCCUUAAAUAUAUUACCUUCUUUCUCUUUUCUCAGUUUGUCUAUAGUUAUUUUUUGAAUUUCAUAAGACAGAGUAUGGUACUUUCUUCUACAAGAGGGGUUCAAGGAACAUUCACAGAAAAUCCAAGCUAAGUGCAGCUUCAUGAAUUUUGAAACUAUCAGUCAUGAGCUAACAAAGUGAGUCAUUAUGGGCAUCCAUAAUCCUGAACUAGUCUGAGUUAUGGAAGAACAAGUUCUACAAGUGAUUUAUUCACCUUUUAACUAAUAUUCAUUAACAUACAGAACUGCAAAUAUCAGAGACAUAUUUCUUUUAUUUCCAGUCAAAACAGCCAUUAAGUAAAAGCCAUUAUUCCUUUUUCAGAAUCAUAAAAAGGUAAAUAAGCUAUUAGCAGAAAAUCACACAACUAAACAACAACCAGUCACCAGCUAAAUAUAAUAUCAAUGUUUUCAGUAUUUAGGGUGUAGCUUCCGUUCUUUUCUUGAAACUUUCAGGGAUAUUUUGCACAUAUCCAAAGUUCAGUCUUAGACGUUGGUUGCGUUUUCUGCUUUUUACAGUCUGAAUAAUCCCAGACACAUCAGUGAUGUUGAAAUCUGGGCUAGGGUUUGGGGGUGAGUGAGAACACUGCCAGCUUCUUUUUCUUGUUCUUUUUUGUGCAUUUCCUUUUCUCUGUAGUUCUUGACAGCUACACAUCCUUUCAGACCCACAGUGGAUUUUUUGUGAAUCUUUUGGAGUAGAGCUUGAUUUUCUCCUCUCUCUUAAAGAUGAAUAUUUUAAGGACUCUUUGUCUGAUGGUGACAGUUUUGGUGGUCUAAC